GGCGCCCCGGCUCGGCGGAGAGCUGCCUGUGCCCGGCUAAAGCACCUUUGCCAUGGGCAGGCGUAGCUCCGAGCGCGGGCUGAGUUAUACCCGGACACGACGUGGCUGUGCCGGGGCUGUGGCCGGCGCUGUGGCCGCCCGAGCACCCUGCCCUGUGCUGCUGGUGUCCCGGCAGGCGGGGGCUGCCCGGGAAGCCACAUCCCGGCCGAUCCGGCAGCGGCGGUGCCCGAAGGCGGGAGGCGCGCGGCUGCCGCUUUUCCCGCUCAGCCCGUGAGGCGAUCCCGGCGGGAGCGGCCCCGCCGCAGGCCCUUCCUCACAGCUCCUCAAAACCUCCCGGCGGCCGCAGGAGUCCCUCGGCCCGCCCUGGGAGAGCUCUCCCGCGGGGCUUGGGGCGAGGCUUUCCUGUGGCACUGCCCUGCUUUGCUGCCAGGUGGGCUGAGGGCACAGGAGCGGUGCCUUUCCCCUUCUCUCUGUGAGACUCUGUCACCAGUUCAGCAUCCUGUUUCCCUUCAGUUUUGGCUGAGACCCAGGUGCUGCUUUGGGGCAAUCAACAGCAUACCAUGAAUAGCAGCAGACACCAGUCUCUGUUCUUUGUCAGUCUGCCUGAGCUGCAAAAACUCUGUGCUGCCACGGUAACACUGAGCUCUCAGAUACCAGAAACUGAGGCAAGGAGCGCACAGAUAAAGACUUGCAGACAGUUAUUAUUCCUGUAUCAAGAGAUCCUUUCUGCACCUGUCCUGGGGACACUGAAUCAAAUCUCGGUUGUGAUGGCGAUACCAUUUUAUGAAUCAGGAAUAUGUCAAGCCUAUGUAGAGAGACACGGAGCUGCUCUGGAAGCACCGCAAACAGUCACUCCAGCCCUUCUCCAAAGCUGUCUUUCCUACACACUUACUGCCAGACUUGCACCCAGAUGGAACAAGGCUGGUCAUCUCUUGGUGCAAGGGAAAGACUUUUUGUCUCAGUCAGGAAGGCAAAAUGCUGUUGUUGUAGACCUCAAUGUGUCAGAGAGACAGCUUUGCAUCAGUGUGGAGCCUUGCUCAAUUCGGCUGCCACCUCCCGAGCUGGGAGAUUUUGAUAUUUCAGCAAACACCUUAAAGCUGUUUGACAGCAAUGAAAGUACAGUUAUUCAGCAACAUUCCAUAUUAAGUAACUGGUGCUAUGUUUUGCCAAGCAUGAAAAUGGGUCAGAUCAUAAACAUCAGCCACACAAUUCCUCCAGAAUCUCCUUUCCGUUCAUAUAAGGAUUUUCAGAUGCACUGGAAGAGUCUGUAUGGAUAUAUUCUUCCUGAGGAUCUUGAAGAGACAAAAAUAUACUUGAGUGUUUACUUCAAACCAAUAGGGGAAAGGUUCUUCACGUACCCUUUAAGUUGCAUCCGAAGUCAGCCGGUGCAGUAUUUCCCCAGAACAGAUGCAGAAAGUGUAGUGAACUCUUUUCUUUCUGACAUGAAGAGCAAUUUUUCACAGCUGUGUGGAUUUCCAGUGAAGAUGGCAACUAAAGCACUUUAUGCUACAAAGGAACUCUCCAGGGCUUCAGUGCAAGAACUAAAACCUAAGCCUACGAAAUUGGACAGUGAGAUGGUUUGUGUAGUGUGUCUAACGCAGGCUCCUCCAAGAAAACCGACUUUGCCCGGAAUUCCUUUACCAUGCAGUACGGAAAAGAGCCACUGGAUGGAGUGUUUGAUCAAAGAGCCACGAGCACACAGCUUUUCGAGUGGCAGUAAGAGCACAGGAGGAGUUAGUACUGAAGCGACUGAGAAAUCAGUGAGCAGUAAGCAAACACCAGGCGUACCAGAGCUACCAACUGCAAAAUCUUUAGGAACACCUGUAAACUCAACCUUUGAAUCCACACCCUCAAAAGUCAGCAAAAUUAUACCAAUUUUCAAAGGAAAGUUGAUGCAAAUGAGUGGAAAGAUCACAAAUCAAACAGAUAGGAAGAAAAGGGAAAAUGCUGAAAGGCAUUCACCAAUAAAAAGUGUGGGUGCUUCAUCACCUAUGCUGUCUGUGCACAAAUCCAGCAUAACUGAGGUUUUCAAACACAUUCAAAAUAUGCCAGUCAGAACUGCUACUGACAGCAGCGUGCUUCAGGUGAAGAGCACAAAGACACACACAAAACAUGGUACGCCCAUAUUCCGAUGGAAAACCCAGUCUAGUGGACAAAUUGCUAACUCCGAUUUUUCUGAAAACUCAGCUUCAAGUAGGAAUCCACGUGAAGUUAAUCACAAAAAGGCAAAUUCUCCGUUCUUUCUUAAUGAUGUUGGGCCAGUGCUUCAGAAAUCAAACACCAGUCCAUGUCUGAAUACACAGGAAUCUCCUGCUUCCAGUGCAAGAAGGGGGAAAAAGUUUGCAAGUCAAAAUGCUUCUCAAUUUCUUGAGAAACAACACCAGUCAAAGGAAGUGCAUUUGCAGAUUUGUAAAUUAGACAAUGAAAUGACAAAUUCCAGUUUGUCACUGCAACAAAGAAAGAGAUCAAAUAAAGGAGCUGGAUUAAAUAUUCAUGAAUCUGUCUUCAAAGAUACAGUGUGCAUGACCAAAAGGGAAGGAAACAAAGCAGCAUGCCACUCUAAGGACUGUACUGCUGAGACAACCAAUCAUCAUUCCAAACCUAACUUUGAACAGAUGAUUACAGGGAUCAAGUAUCUGACAUGUGAAACACUGACCUCAAAACCAACUCUUCCAGUCAAGGAGAGCAGCAUGGAAGCAUCUGUACAGAAAGGUUGUGCCAGAAAAAGACAGAAAGAAGAAGGUUAUUCAAAGUUAAAGAGAGCCAAAAGAAGUAAAACUUCUACUUAAGAUGUUCUGGAGUAUUGGAAGAAAACUCUGGUUCCCAAGAGUGCAGUAACAUACUGGAGAAUUUCUCAACUUUGUGUAUUUUGCUGUUUGUCAUUGGUAGCUGUUUCUGGAUGAAAAUUUGAGGGUUAAAUCCAGCCAAGUGAAUCCAUGUAUCAUCAACUUCUUCAGACAGUUCAGGUUAAUAAGCCUAUAAUGCAUUUGAAAAUUUAACCAAAUUGUUUAGGUUUUGAAUCACAUUGUGUAUGUCCUGCUACUUGCUUACACAGUUAAUCAUUCUUCCAAAUUAUUUCAUUGUUUCUAGUUUUUUAAACUUUUCUAGGUUUUUAAAAAUAAAAUACUUAAUUCUUUGUUACAGUGUCUGGGCCAGUUUAAUUCAUCAGUAAAAAAAUCCCAAAUAAGUUUUCCUUGUCAAGUCAAAUGAUUGGAAAAUUAACAAUUUCGUUCCUAUGGGAAUAAUUCAAAGACUGGAUUUGACUCAGGCUUCAUUAAUUCUUGUUGUAAUUUGUGAUGACUUUUCAGAUAUGAAACUGUUCUGUGAAAGAUUUUUUAAAGUUUAAUUGACAACUCCAUUCUUCAAGAGUUCAUAGAAAACCUGUAGUUGCCCUUUGAAUAAUUUCGUUGCAGUAAGUGUGACUUCAGUUACCUACUUCAAUGUGCAGAUACAAAUAUAUACACAUAUAUAAGAUUGUUGCCUCAUAAUCGAAGUUUUGAAGUGAAUAUUAAUGUGUUACUUGGAAAAAAAAGAAUAAAAUGUCACACUAGAUCCUAAACUCAAAUGUUACAGAACUGUAGUUUAACACUUGUUUUGGACGUACAUUUACAAAUCUUUUUUUCUAAAGGGAUUGAUACAACGGGACUUUAUGCCCUUCAUGAAACCUUUUCUUUAGGUUUAUAUUGCAAUAGCUGUAUUUCUCUUCACUUCAUCUUUCCAAGCUGGAUUUUGUCCUGCUACUAUGACAACUUUUGUUUUGUUUUAUUUUGUUUUGUUAUUUUUCUUGAAUAGUGACUGUCAACGUAGCUCUAAUUUCAUGGUGCCAGUGUUUAAAAGGAAGCAAGCUCUUAAACAUGUCAUUUUCUCUAACAUAAUACAACAACAACAAAAAAAGAAAACAAAAAAAACCCCACAGAAAAACAGCAAGCCAAGACAAAUAAUAAAAUAAGUUAGUGCAAUAUACUCAGCAAGAAAUCAAAUUAUAUUUACAUUUUAUCUGGAGGCUGGUGUACGAGGUUAUUUUCAAAUGCUGUGGUGUAGUUACCUUUCAUAGGUUUGACUGUAUGUAACUGAUCUUUCUCCUGUCUUACAUGGAGCAGCCUGUAGAGUAGUUGCAUUUCUACCAUGCUAUAUAAAUUAGUGCUUUGCUUGAUCUGUUUCCUGUUGUUGCUUUUAAAAUGUUGCUGGUUGCCAACACUUGCCUUGUAUUAUCACAGGAGUAAUUUUGCUUUUUUAAAUGUUUAUGUCAUUUUGUGUUAUCUGUUACAAAACUCGAAAUACAGAAAAGUUUAUUUAU